AUUUCCCGAAUACGCGAAAUGUGCCGAACUUUUGUCUUCGUCCCCUAGCCGGCUAUCGCAAGCUAAGGAGACAGCGCCAAGAAAAGGCGAAAAACGGCGAGUCCUUUCAUAGGACUACCGUGUCCAGUUCACGUUGCGAUGAGCUAUUCUCAACACAAGAGCAACAAACCAUUAGGUGUGCCACCGCAGUUUCAACAACAACAGAUCCAUCGUCAACAGCAACCAUUAAGAAGCGCAGUGCCACAACAGCAGCUGAGAUCGGAUCAGGACCACACCCAAAUCACGCACAGACAGCAGGUAUUUCAUCAGCCACCACGGCAUCCAAGCCCGGUACCUAUCCCAAGCCCGGGACUUCCCGCGGGGGCCUCCCCGUCCCCUUCCUCUAGCCCGGGCGUGGCUAACGCCCCCCAGCAGGGUCUGGCAGCAGCAGCGGCGGCAGCAGCAGCAGCAGCGGCAGCGGCCGUCACCGCCGCCCCCGGCCCGGCUCAUGACAUGAGCAAGCAGGGGGCCUCCUCCGCCCACCCGGGGCUCGCCGCCUCGCCCCACCAGCAAGGGGGCGGCAACGUGGUGGCCCAGCCGCAGCCCCCGCAGCAGCAGCCCCAGCCACCGCCCGGGGUGCUGCUGCAACCGCAGCCGUACAUCUUGCAGCCGCAGAGGCAGCAGGUCUUCAUGCAGCGCAUCAGCAACCAGCCCAACCCUCGGGGCGGCAUCCAGAUCCCCCCGGCACCCACCUCCGCCCCCCAGCAGAUGCCUACCGGCCAGAUGAAUCCUCCCUUCCAGCCCUACGUGGUCAUGCAUUAUCCGUCACAGCAACAGAGAGAUCAGCAGGUCUAUUCCCAACAAGCGCAGUACCAGGGUCAACCAGGCACACAACAGCAGUACCAACAGAGGCAGGUGUUUCCCCCGCCACAGUUCACGGCACAGACACCACAGGGUCAGGUGUACCAACAGCCUGGCACACCCCCGUACUAUAACACCCCUUCCGUCAGUCUACAAGGAGCCCCAACUUUUUUCCCCGGCGCCAACCAGCAGGGCAUGGUGGUGGCCCAGCAGCAGAUUCGCCAGCCCUUCCAGAUGCCCCAGGCCCCCCAGUACAACCCCCCGAAGAAGAAGAACAUCAUCCGUAUCGUGGACCCCAAGUCCAAUCAGGACAUCACUGACACCAUCAUCCGGGAUGCCAGCCGGUCGGCCAGCAACCAGUCCCCACACUCAGGCCACUCCAGUGCUUCGGACACACCUCCCUCAUCUCAAACACCUCCACAGAAUUACCAGGUGGAUGAAAAGAAGGCGGCUAUUCAGGCAACCUUUGCCGCCCAGGUUGCGCGGCUGGCCCAUGAGAGCCCUGUUCCCACGCCCACGGAGACGCAGUUUCCCGCGACGCCAGAGCCAGCGGCCGUAGCCCCGCCACAGCAGCAGUCACUGCCGGAAACCGCGGUGCCCAAGCAGCCCCCUGUGGCAGUCGCGGCUACGACGGAUGCUCAGCCAGGCGCCACGACAUCCCCCGGCCAGGUGGUGACGGUGGAGCCGGCCCACGCCAGCCCGGCAGUCAGCGCCCCACUGCCACCACCCGAAGCCAAAGCUGGGGAGCCCACCAAGCCCCCUUCCCCUCCUUCUGCCGAGGUGUCUUCCAAGGAGGCCAGCGGGCCGGCAGCCGUGAAUCCCACCGCUGCCACUGAAUCCCACACGGCAGCCGCCACAGCCAACAGUGCACCACCUGCGCAGACUCAGCCUGUGCCACCUCCUCAGUCCACAGACGCUGUGGACAGCAGAACUGAUAUGCCGCCGCCGAGCAUUGUGCCCCCGCAGAGGGGAGAACUCAGUCAAGAGCCCAGGGACUCACUGAAGGGGGCUCCCAAGGCAGAGGCCAAGCCAGCCCAGGAAGCUGCCGAACAGGCCGAGUCGGAUGCGCAGAAGCCGGCCGAAGCCAGCCAGCCCGUCACCUCCCAGCCAAAGUCGGAGGAGAGUUUGGCCGGCAAGGUGGAGGAAGUGGUGACCGCCAAACCAGCUUCCAGAGAGGAGAGCGCAGUGCCAGCAAAACGAGAAGAAAGCAAGGAAGCAGCCACAAAAGAGCCGAGUAAAAAGAAGAGUCAGAAGAAUCGAUUUAGGGAUAUCGAGAAGAAGGCUCCCAAGGAUGAGGAUGAGUUUGAGGCUUACCGCUCCACGGAGCAGGUGGAGGAGUCCCUUGAGAGUGAAAAAGAGGUGCAGCCAGCGCCAAAGGAGGUGGAGAAUGCCACUCCCGAGACCACGCCCGAGACCAAACCCAGGACCACGCCCGAGACCACGCCCGAGUCCACGCCCGAGACUUCACCCGCCACAACUCAGGACGUGGCUCACAAGCCAGAGGCGGAGCCCGAGAAGGUUGCGUCAGAAGAAGGGCCGACAAAGGGGGCGGAGUCGGUGGAGGAGGCCAAAGAGGCAGAACCGAAGGAGGUUGUGGCAUCGGUGGUGGUGGAUGGGGAGAGAAAGCCGGAACCGGAGCCGGCAGAAUCAGAAGACCCCAAGAGCAAGGAAGGCACGGAGGACACGGAACGCAAGGAGUCGUUGAAGGACAACAAAAUUCAACUGAAGUACACCUACAGGGAAGACCAGUGGAGCCCCAUGAAUCCUGAAGGGAAGAAGCAAUACAACCGGGACUUUCUGCUGCAAUUCCAGCAAGACUGCAAGGAGAAACCAGAAGGGCUUCCACACAUUCCAGACAUUGUGCUGGAUAAGGCUGAGAUACGACCUCCAAGUUUUGACCCCCCUGGCAAGAUACCGAGAGCUGACUUCACCCCGUCAUAUCUCAAGUCACCCCGCGGUAUGCCCCAGCCCCCGUUUGGCCAGGGUAUGCCGGCUGGCGGUCGGCGGUCAUCCAAGGAGCCCAAGAAGGUCAUCCAGCGGGUCUCACAGCCCAUCAAGCUGAACACGGCCGGGGAGAAUGCCUGGAAGCCCGACAAGGACAUGCCCGCUGACGAGGAAGAAGCCAAGACCAAGGAGCUAUUCAAGAAAAUCAAGAGUCUCCUGAACAAGCUUACGCCAAAUAACUACGAGAAAUUGAAGACGCAAGCCAUCGGCUACAACAUCGACACAGAGGAAAGAUUAAAAGGUGUCAUUGACUUGGUUUUUGAGAAGGCAAUCAGCGAAUCUUCCUUCAGCAAGACGUACGCCCAGCUGUGUCGAGAUCUGUCACAGCUGAAAGUGCCGGCGGCCUCGGGUAACGGCAUGGUGCAGUUCCGAACUCUCCUGAUCAACCGGUGCCAGAAGGAGUUUGAGAAGGAGAAGAGCGACGAGCAGGAAGAGAAGCUCGAGCGGGAGAAGAUUGCUCAACUACCGGCUGAUCAGCGGUCGGCGGCGCUGGAAAACCUGGAGAUCAAGCUAAUCAAGAACAAGCAGCGCAUGCUGGGCAACAUCCGCUUCAUCGGUGAGCUCUUCAAGCUCCAGAUGCUGAUCGAGCAGAUCAUGCACGACUGCAUCUUCAAGCUGCUCUGCAACAAGGACGACGAGUCGCUGGAGUGCAUGAGCCACCUCAUGAGCACCAUCGGCAAGAUCCUGGACCACGAGAAGGCCAAGAACCGUAUGGAUCAGUACUUCAACCAGAUCAAGAACCUCACUGCCAAUAAGAAGACGUCAGCCAGAAUCCGCUUCAUGCUGCAGGACAUCACGGACCUACGAGCGAGGAACUGGGUGCCCAGACGGGCCAACGACAACCCCAAGACCAUCGAGCAGAUCCGGGAGGACUUCAAGCGGGAGGAGGAGCGGAAGAAGAUGGAGGGCAUCGCCCAGAUGCAGGCCAACCAGCCCCCCAGGCUGUCCCGCAAUAAGCGGGACCAGCCUCAGCGGGUGGGACCGCCCCCACCCGAGGGCUGGAACACGGUGGCCUCCACCAAGGCCGCCCGGGUGUCGGUGGACCCCAACAAGUUCCGGGUGACCAAGCAGCAAAGCAUAGACGACGACAUCCAGCUGGGGCCUGGCCGCCAGACUUUCGGUGGCUGGAGCCGGGGCAGCAGCGGAGGGAGUUCCAAGGCCCAGCCCAACCAGGAGCAGCCUGAGCCCAGGCAGAGCAACCGCUUCAUGAUGCUGUCGGAGGAGAAGCGUGGAAGGGGUCCGUCGGCAGUCGAGGCCCGGGGACGCGGCCCACAGGGCCUCGGGAGUAAGAGGUCCAGCUCGUCGCGGGAGCGCGAGCAGAACAACCGGGAGAGGCAGUCGGCCAUCGCCGAGGUGCAGAGAAUCUCAGGAGGCCGCCGCUCCAACUCCCGAGAGGACAGAGAGGCCGACAUCAGAAGAGUUAAGCCUGAGCCAGCCCCAGUUCCUGCCCUUGCCAGAGAGCCCGUCAAGCCUACCGCUGCGGCUACGGCCUCGCCAGAACUCAGCGAGGAGGUCUUUGAGAAGAAAGCGGUGGGCACCAUUGAGGAGUACCUCAACAUCAGAGAUAUUGGGGAAGCCAUCGAGUGUGUGAACGACCUUCAGUCGCCAAACCUGAUGCACGUCUUUGUCCGCUCUGCUAUGAAUUGCUCGUUAGAGAAGAGCCCCCAGGCCAGGGAUCUGGUGGGCUUGCUGUUCUUCAAGCUGCUGAAGGCUGGCCAUCUCUCCAAGGAAAAGUUUGUGGAUGGUGUCAAAGAGGUACUAAUGUAUGCCGAUGAUAUGGCAUUGGACAUCCCCUUAAUCUGGAAGUACCUCGGGGAGAUCAUAGGCUCCACGUUCCGGGACAACUCACUGUCAUUGACGCUGUUGGCAGACAUGAUGGACCCCGUCCGGAUAGUGGACAAGGCCGGGGACCUCAUGGCCGAGAUUCUUUUGAUGGUUGUCAAGUUAAAUGGUGCUAAUGUCGUGGCAGAGAUGUGGCAGUCGUCAGGCUUCAAAUGGGACAUGUUCGUUCCCAUCGGGAAAGACGUCAAAGAAUUUGUAAAUAAUAAGAAAUUAGACUUCACGUUAACCGCUGUAAGUAGCAGCACGACAAACAGCGGCGGGGACGCCAACGCCAAUAACGUUGUGACGGACGAGGAGUGGGUCAGGUUGAUCCGGCGGGAGCUGGGCUGCAUUCUGACCAGCGCCGAGAACGUCAACAACAGCGUUUUCGACUGGAUCCAGAAGCACCUGAAUAUUGGGGCCAGCCAGGAAAGACAGAGGUUAUUUAUACGUGCCUUAGUGACGGUGGUUGUCCGAAGCACAAUACAAGGAGAAGCUGAGAGCUGUAGAAUGAACCAUGAUCUACUUACCACCCGGAUGUCCAUUCUGAAACGCUACAUCAACAACGACAACUUCCUUGAACUCCAAGCGCUCUACGCAGUACAGGCCUUAAACCAGAGCUUAGAAAAUCCCCCCAGACUACUAGGACACGUCUUCAAUGUCCUCUACGACGAGGAUGUCAUCCCCGAGGAGACUUUCUACGCCUGGCAGAAGAGUACAGACCCCAACGAGGCCCUCGGCAAGGGUGUGGCCCUGAAGUCCGUUACCAGCUUCUUCGAUUGGCUACGAGACGCGGAUGAAGAGCCCCGCUAGUUU